GACUAAUGAAGUUAUCAAGUGGACAAGUUUGUGACUUCUUGUGAAAAAUAUUAAAAAAAUUAAAAGUCUGCGUGUUUACGUAGUGUAAAAUUAUCACUUAUCAUUAUGGAAAAUUUAUACCAUAAACAAUCCAGCCAUGAAUUGUCGCCUAAUUUUCAACCGAAAGAGAGUGCAUCUUCCCCAGAAAAGAUCUUUCGGAAAAGACUUGGUACUACAGAUAAGGGGAAGAAGUACGAAAAUAUGGUAGCUGCCAACAGCAUACUUCGUAUGGUAACCACCGACAAAGUAAAAAACUUCUACAUUUCGUCGGAUGAUUCAAAUUUUGGAGUAUUCGAUGAUGUAGUUAUUGAAAUGGAGACAGAUGAAGGAAUCAAAACAAUUGCAGUGCAGUUAAAACACAGCAACAGUAAAGGAAGUUUAGGCAUACCGCGACUAGCAAGUGAAACGGGAGAUUUUAGCCUACUCAAAUAUUAUAAAUCGUUCCAAGAGUUGAACAAGAAACCACAUCAAUCCAUUUUGUUCACGAACCUUAAAUUUAAGGUUUCUAAAGACACAAAAUUUCAGCUCGACGGAAAAGAAUUUUUCUUGGAACCGUACAGAGUAGAAAUUGCUGAUGAUUGUUUGAAAAUUUCUCAACAUAUAAGUCACUGUUAUAAGUUCCGAAUUCGAGAAGACCAAGAUGCUGGAGUGGUUCAUUCAGAACUUCAACAGUUCAAGACAUUUUUUGAAAGCUUUUAUCUUUAUACUAACCAAGAAAGUCUGGAAACACUUGAAAACUCGACAGCGAACAACUUCGUGAAGACGUUCUGUUCUAAUCAAGAAACUUUCGAAAAGUACGUUAGAAUUAUAUCUGAGUGGGAUAUGAUAGAAGGAUCAAAAAUAAAGUUAUACAAGAAGUUGAUGCAACGUGCAAUUGCGCUUUGUCUGUUAUCUCCUUACGUCGAAUGUUUUACUUCUGGUCCAGUCAGCGACAAAGGGAAAAUUCUUCGAGAAGCGAUUUGUUCAUUUGAUAUUACGCUGUUGGAAAACACCGAGUGCGAUGUGGUGAAAGAGUUGUGGGACGACUUGGACAAGAAUAUUGACAUCAAGGAACUAAAUAGACUGAGAUCUUUUUAUCGCCUUUCUCCUAAUUACAUAUCCAAGAUAGAAGAUGUAGAUGGAAAUGUGUUGGCGCAAUUGUUGUGGUUGAUGGAGAAACGUCCCUUAAUUGUAAAAGAAAACGAAAAUAUCGGAAAAGCUAUUCAACUUUGUCCAGAUGGUAAAUUCAUCUUGAUUGGGGAAGGAAAACGGAGAGAAUGGAUGAAAGGUCGCUCCGUGUUUCAGAACUUGCUGGAUUUGAAAUCAGAAGACAAUUUGUAUGAAACAGUGAUGCAGAAUUUUACCAUUUCCUUGCAAGGGAAAGGUGUGCUUAAUCUGAUGGAUAUAUGUGGAGGAAAUGAAAAAUGUUUAAAGAAUAUUGUUGUAAAUGGUCUUUUAGGGAUGAUAGACAGUCCAUGCUUAAUAGAUGGGGAAAAAGAAGUUCUUCCCAAUCCUUACAUCGAAAGGUAUUUGUCGUUAAAUGUUAUAGAUAUUAAAUAUUUACAACAUGUUAAUCGUAAUACCGUAGUUAUUUUAGAUGGCGCAGAUAGUUCUAAUGAAAUAGAAAAACUUCCAAAUAUUAUAAUGAGAAACAUCGACGAUUAUUUAAAUGAACCAGAAUAUAGAACUUCUGAUGAUCCAAUUUUCAUUAUAAGUAAAAACCAAUGUAGCGAGUCUGAAUUUGAGAAAAUAUGCUCCAAAACUCCAAAAUCAAAAACUGUUCAUUAUUUCAAAUUUCUUAAAAACAACAUUUUAGAAUGGGUCCGGAGCAAAGGCGAUGUCGGAGAUUUGCAAAAUUAUAAAUUAACUAAUCAUUCUAAAAUCGAAAACGAAUUCUGGUCCUGCGAGUUUAAGAAGAGCAUUAAUUUAGUAGUAGGUGAUCCGGGGAUGGGUAAAACUGAACUAACAAAAAGCUUAAAAAAUAAGUGUUCUUCUAAAUUCUGGACAGUACUUGUUAGCCCUCAAGAAGUUAAUUUAUUCUUUAAACAAUCAGAAGAGUGUAAAGUAUCAGAUCAUGUAAAUUUAUUUGAAAAAUUCGUCUUAGACACGAAAUAUCAAUCUCUCAGAAGGUUAGACAAAGUAUUUUUUAAAUUGUGUUCGGAUCAAGCGCGUGUUUUCUACGUGUGGGAUGCCCUUGAUGAAAUUUCUACUAAAUAUUUGGAAGACGUAUCAGAUUUGAUUGUUUUGCUAUCAGAGAAAGGAUUCAUCCAAUGGGUUACCAGUAGAAAACACUUGAAAUCUUUCCUUGAAAAAAAAUUUAAUACAUUUUCGUUGAACAUAAGUCAGUUUAACCAGCACGAACAAGAAGAUUAUAUUAGAAAACGUCUUGAUUCUAUCGUUUCAACUGACAAGAUAGAAGGUGCUGUUCAAAAAAUUAAGUCUAGCUUUGCUUUCAUAAAACAUGUGGAUAUUUUAGGAAUUCCACUUCAAAUUUUUAUGCUCACAGAAAUAGUUCUUCAAAAUGACAAUUAUUUAAAAUUAUUAGGCGAUUCUUGGCGCUUAACUGAUUUAUAUCAUUAUUUUAUUGAAGUCAAGUUCAAAAUUUUCUUUCAAAAUAAAUUGUCUCUUAAUUUUCAGGAUUCUAAGUUUAAGCGUAUGUUUAACAAUCAUAAAGAAAAAAUCUUAACACAUUAUGAAAAACUUGCCGUUAACGUAAUAUUUUUGGACUGUGAAGAUAUUAAAUGUCAAGAAGAUAUAGACCGCACUUCUUACGAAUACGAAUCCAUCGGUAUUAUAACUGGUUUACAAAGUAACACACCGCUUUUUCUGCAUGCAUCUUUUGCGGAAUAUUUGACUGCGGUGUAUUUUUCGAAGAAUUUUCAAGUUAUACCUGGGGAUAAAUUUUUUGAUCGGAAAUAUGACAACGUACGAUUUUUCUUUGAUAUGUUGUUGGCAAAAAACUCACCAGUUCACAUAUCAGUCUUGUACAGAAACUUUGGCACACUAAAGGGCUAUGACGAGGACAUAUUAACAAGUAAAGAUGACGGUGAAAGAAGUGUUUUACAUUUGAUUUGUUCGUGGGGACAAAGGCAUCCGCGGCUACGAGUUACGAGUUCUAAAAUAGAUAGAAAUUUGUUUUCACAUUUUACUUCUGUCUUGGUAAACAAAAUUUUCUUUUUAAGUAAUAUACGUACCGUGAGAUACACUGUCGAUGAUCCCGAAUUUCCUGCAACAUCACUAGAAACAAGAGAAUAUUUAGAUGCGGUGCUACGCUUGUGUAGUAAAUGUAACAUUUCAGAACCCGAUGGGCUAUUUAAACUGACGCCUUUUUCAUAUGCUCAAGUCAGUGAAAGUUUAGGUGUGGAACUCGAAUUGUUACAGUCAGAAAUGUUACAAACAGAGCAGCUGUAUAGUGAUUGUGAUAGAAUUAAUAUUUUAUAUUAUUCUAGUAUGUUUGGUUAUGAGAAGGCUAUUAAAACCGUUGUUACUAAAAAAUUAAGUACUUAUUACGACGAAGUAAAUUUUAGUUGUGAAUGGUUGGAUGACACUGCUCUUACGAUAGCGUCCGCAAUGGGGCACACAGCAGUCGUUGAAUAUUUGUUACAGUUAGGGAGCGAAAUUAAUCGGGCUAAUAAAAAUGGUCUGACACCGCUUCAUGAAGCUUCUUCGAACGGUCACGAAAAAAUUGUCGAAUGCCUAGUGAAAUGCGGAGCCGAAAUUAAUCACGCUACUAGUAGUGGUUGGGCCUUUGAGUUGGCCAAUGUGCAUUUGAAAUUGGAAGCCAUACUUUCCGCCCUACGUAGUAGCCCGCAAAAUCUCGAAUUCCACAUGAGAGACAAACUUAAUCGGUAUUAUAACAGUUUGGGCUGGACACCGCUUUACACAGCUUCAAUGAACGGUCACGAAAAAAUUGUCAAAUGUCUAGUGAAACACGGGGCCGAAAUCAAUCGCACUGAUAGUGAUGGGAAGACACCGCUUCACGCAGCUUCCAUGGAAGGUCACGAAAAAAUUGUGGAAUUCCUAGUGAAAUGCGGAGCCGAAAUCAAUCGCGUUGAUAAACAUGGUCGGACACCGCUUUACGCAGCUUGCUUGGAAGGCCACGAAAAAAUUGUAGAAUACCUAGUGAAAGGUGGAGCCGCAAUCAAUCUCUGUAAUAAUGAUGGUGAGACACCGCUUUACAUAGCUUCGUUGAGCGGCCACGAAAAAGUUGUCGAAUGCCUAGUGAUAGGCGGAGCCGAAAUCAAUUGCACUAAUCGCCUUGGUCAGACACCGCUUUAUAUAGCCUCCACACUGCGCCACGAAAAAAUAGUAACUUAUUUAAAAGCAAAUGGUGGAAAAUUAACAUUAUCAUUACCCAAAAAAUCGUGACCAUGUAGGCCAUUUUUUCAAUUAAAACUAAAAUGUAGUAAGAUUUUAACGUAACUAUUAUUGACCCGUCAAUUUUGAAAUGUUUUCACUCUUUGGUUGGUAAUUGUUUCAAACAUCCAAAUUAGUUUGUAGGUAUGCAAGUGACCCAAACUAGAACACUGGGUUCCUAAAUAGCAUCAAUAUAUUCUUAAAUUGGACCUACUUGAUAAAAACCCGUGAAAUGAACAUAAUUUUAUUUAAAACUAGCUUUUACCUGUGGCUUCGCUCACGAAAAUUUAGUUUUGUUACUUUAGUUGCCUUCUCAUAAUUGUAGCAGUUACAGCCUACUUCUUUUAAACUUGGAUGUCUAUCUCUGGAAAUAUCUACUUAACUGAAAUAGACAAUAUCUUAAAAAUUGUGUAAUACAAAAUAGCGUCACGGGCUAUCCCGUCGGGAAAUCGGUGUGAUGCUAAAUCUAUACCUAAGCACUAUAUACGGCAACACUGGUUUACUUGCCAUAUGAAAUUUAAUGCCGCCAAACACGUACAUAUACAGGCUGAAUCACUAAAAAAGUCAAAGACCAAAAUUUCACGGUUCUGUUUUUACGGCGUAACAUACACUUAUUUUUUUAAUGAAGCACUUUGUACAACUUUGCAUAUUUGAAUCGGCCUCUUCUUAGGCUAAAUCUACUACAACACCUUACUUUUGAAAUUCCGAUGCGACGUCGCCACGUUAUUCCAUUUUCGAUGGUCUCUUGCGCGUUCUAAUGCAUUUAAAUUUUUUGUGUGGGCACCUAUUCAUAAUAAUAUUUUUUGAUCUUUCAUAGGUUUGCUUGUUUUAAUAAAAUGUUUGGUAAAUAAAUUAAAAUUUAUGUGUCCGUUUUCCGAUAAUUCAGCAAGACUUCCCGGUGGUACCCCAUUUUUUAGAGAUUUUUAAGAGAUUAAUAAACAGCGAAUUAACCAUUAAAACAUGGUUUACCAGUUUCAAAUCUAAGCCAUUAUAGACGAAUAAUACACCAGUAAGACAUAAACAAAAUUAUGUUGACAUUUGUAAAAUUGGUUUAUUUAGAUUUUUCCUGCGAUUCAGUGUUUAUUCAAAUUUUACUCGUAGAGCCUAGAGCGAAUGAUGGUAAAUAAUAACUUCUUUUAAUAAUUAUUGAUCAAAAUUACAAACUUUCUGUUUUAACUUUUAAGCAAGCCUGACUAAACACAAACAUCAAUUACAUACAUAUUACUAUUGUAUAUUAAAUAUACAGAGUGUCCCAGUUAGAACUUCGCGACCUUAUAUCUUGAUAAGGGAGAAAUAAUGAAAUUCUGUAAACGCUAUUGUUUUUUGCUUCAAGUGGAAAGCUUAAUUUAGUACAUUACAAAGCUAUAUUUUUUUAAACUGCAACGUGUAUUUUUUAAAUGGACAAAAGUAAAGAUCAUCACUACAUUCACACAAGAGGUAAUUUUGAAAUUACUGUUCUCUUAUCUGAAAAUCCUCUGAUUAACCGGUAUUUAUUUAUUUCCAUAUGUAUAAUUUUAUGUAAAUAAAGUAUUUUAUUUAUUAUGUAGAGGAAUUUUUUGAAAAUAAUUCUAGUGAUAGUUAUGUGUGUACACCGAGAGAACAAUAACAAUACAACCAAAGACUAACCUUCAAAAAUCCAUGACUGUCUUUGAUCGUAUUUUCUAUUGCUCUCUCGGUAGUUUAUAUUUUUUGUUAUUAAUUGAAAGUAAAUUUAUAAUACAUAUCUUAUGUUUCUAAUUAGCUUGACAAAUAUUCUGAGACUGACUAUAUGUAUGUACCUAAUAACCAAACACGGAAAAACUUUUCACAUAUAUGUAUUUAGAACUCUGCGUAAUAAUUGUC